AUGACUUCUACGUCAACCACCACUGCCGUCGAAUGGCAGCAGGGUCCCCCGAUCGAGCUUGAGUCGAGGGCUCCCAAAAAUGCCGUCGCGCCAGUCUCAGACCCCACUGACGAGGUCAUGGAAGCCUCACGUCUGGCCGAUGCCGAAGUUCCUGAAGGAGGAGCAGGGUGGAUAGUUAUCGCAGGUUGUGCAGUAAUCACCUGGUGGUUUAUCGGGACGUCCUACUGCUGGGGUGUGCUACAGGCAGCGCUGGUCAAGGAAGGAGUGUCAUCUGCAUCUACUCUGUCUUUCGUGGGCUCAUUAGCACCAGCGUGCAUUUCGUUUCUGGGAAUUCUCAAUGCUCGCGUGAUCCGCAAACUAGGUACCAGGACGUCGGCACUCCUGGGUAUUUUCCUACUCGGGCUGGGAGAGAUCCUUAGCGGAUUCGCCGUCCACGAGGUUGGCGGACUCUUUGUUACAUCCGGUGUGGUGAUGGGACUCGGAACGAGUAUCUCUUUCAUGGUGGUUUCAAUCACACCCGCACAAUACUUCAAAGCAAAGCGCGGCAUUGCCAACGGUAUCGUAUAUGCAGCUGGUGGCCUGGGCGGUGCCGCCAUCAGUUUCAUCCUGGAUGCACUGCUAUCCCGCGUCGGCACUGCUUGGACGUUCCGUAUUCUCGGAUUCAUUACGAUGGGAACCGGUCUCCCUGCAGCUUUCCUAGUGAAGCAGCGAAUCCCGAUCCCCCCGUCUGCUUUCGUUGAGUGGCGUCUAUUCCGUGAUAUCCGCUUCCUGCUCCUCUUCGCAGCCGGAGCCAUCGCCACAUUCCCGUUGCUCGUUCCGCCCUUCUUCCUGCCCCUGUACACCGACUCCCUAGGAUUGGGCUCUGCCGCAGGUGCUGGUGUCGUAGCAGCGUUCAACUUCUCCUCCGCUUUAGGAAGACUGACCUGUGGAUUUGCCAGCGAUACCAUCGGCGGACUCAACACGCUGUUUGUCUCGCUGUUACUCAGCGCCCUGAGUAUGCUGAUCAUCUGGCCUGUCUCAACGUCCAUUGGACCGUUGGUCGUGUUCGUGAUCAUCAACGGGAUGGCGAAUGGGGGGUUCUUCUCUACUAUUCCUACGGUUGUGGGGAACGUGUUUGGGUCUGCUAGGGUGUCUGUUGCCAUGGGUAUGAUUGUUACCAGUUGGGCCGGAGGGUAUCUUUUGGUGAGUGCAGUGCUGUCGAUAUGUCUUGGCAUCGGGAUGCUAAUUGGGAUAUUCAGGGCUCCCCAAUUGCGGGCUACAUUCUGGAUGCCUCAGGUGGCGAGGACGCCGGGAUCCAAGCGUACAGACCGGCCAUUCUGUAUGCGGGUUUCAUGGCUUUAG